AUGAAUAUUCAGAACCUCUCCAGCUACGACCCCUUCGCGGACACUGGCGAAGACCACGUCGCUGCUGUCGAUGCUGACUCUGACGAGAAGAAGCAAGCAAAGACUCAGGAACGAUACGUCCACAUUCGAAUCCAGCAGCGAAACGGUAGGAAGACUCUGACCACUCUCCAAGGAUUGCCAAAGGGUUAUGACCUCAAGAAGCUCUUGAAGGCUUUCAAGAAGGAAUUCGCUUGCAACGGCACCCUGGUCGACGACGAAGAGCUGGGACAGGUCAUUCAGCUUCAAGGUGACCAGCGACAGAAGGUCAGCAGCUUCCUUAUCGAAGACGGCAUCCCCAAGCAGGACGUCAAGGUCCACGGUUUCUAG